AGACGAACAGGUUCACCUUUCACCUAACUGGAGCACUCGGCCAAGAUGAAGAUUGUGGAAACGUUAAUUAUAUGUUUAGUUGCUCUCUUAUCAACGUCGAGUGUCGUGUCUCCGGUCCAGGCGCUUAGUAGUGAUGAAUGGCGAAAGCAAUCAAUAUAUUCGCUUAUGACGGAUCGUUUUGCUCCCAGCAAACCAGUUCCUAAAUGCAAUGCAGCUGAUCGUACCUACUGUGGAGGCGAUUGGCGCGGAAUUAUCGAGCAUUUAGACUACAUUCAAGAGCUUGGAUUCACUGCUAUUUGGAUUUCGCCAGUAAUUGAACAGAUUGACGGCGUAACUCAAUACGGUGAAGCAUAUCAUGGCUAUUGGCCAAAGAAUCUUUACCGUUUAAAUCCUCACUUCGGUACAGAAGCUGACCUGAAAGAACUUUCCAAUGCGUUGCACGAGCGCGGAAUGUACUUGAUGGUCGACGUGGUUGUGAAUCAUAUGGGUGCACGCUCGCUUGAAAGUCUUGAUUACUCAGAGUACACCCCUUUCAAUCAUGAGAAGUAUUACCACAACUUCUGUCCCAUUGAUGAGGAUGUUCCUGAAUCAUUUGAUAAAUGUUGGAUUCAUACUGACGACUUCGUUCUACCCGAUUUGAACACUGAUCUUCUCUUCGUCCGGCAAACACUCUUAGAAUACAUAAAGUCUUUCGUCGAAGCGUUUUCCAUCGAUGGCCUUCGUAUUGAUGCUACCAAACACAUUCGUAAAGACUUUUGGCCAGAGUUUUGCUCGGCUGCCGGCGUUUUCUGCAUGGGCGAAAUGUGGUCGGGAGAGCCGAUAAAGUUGUGCGACUGGCAAAACUACAUGGAUGGUUUGCAGAAUUUCCCCUUACAAACAGCUGCUGGACGUGCUUUUUUCCCAAGCAAUUGGGAGGGUAUCAUCCAAUUGGCAGAUACGUUAACAGCCAUCCGUGGUCUCUGUAAGGACCCCUUACUGUUGGGUAAUUUUAUUGAAAGUCAUGAUCUUCCUCGUAUGGCCUCUUUGACGAAAGAUCCUGCAGUCAUCAAGAAUUCUAUUGUCUUCAAUCUCCUUGGAGAUGGUAUUCCCAUUAUGUACUAUGGACAAGAAUUAGCAAUGCGCGGUCAUUCAGAUCCUCACAACAGAGCUGCCCUUUGGGAAACUGGCUUCCCUAAACGCAAUCCUUACUACUUCUUUACUCUUUUGGUUAACCGUUUCCGUAACGCAGUACUUGCUUCACCCGACGGAGAAGACUUUAUCCGUUCUCAAUCAGAGCUCAGCAUCGUUGACGACCACGUCUUGUUGCUUAAGCGUGGAAAAGUUAUUACAGUUCUAAACAACCUCGGCUCCUACUACAUUCGUUUUCAUUUCACUGUUCCUGCCAUUGAGCACACUUGGAUUAACAUUUUGACGUGUCAAUCCGCUAUUCACGAAGAUAACAGACAGGUGUUCAUCAUCCGAAAUGGCGAUCCCAUGAUUCUAUUCCCACAAGAAGAUGCGUACAAAUUGGGUAUCUGUCCUUCGCCUGCUUUGCCUCCCGAGGACAUUCCCUAUACCCCUGGUUCCGAGUCUCCUUCAUCAUCUCCUGUUUCGCCUGUUGCCCCGGUGUCUUCUCAUGCUUCAACACAGCAACAAAACAUCAACAGCGUUUUUGUCGCACUAAUUAUCGUGUUCUUCAUGAUUUUCUAAUCGUGAAUUUCAUAAGCAUUCAUGCGCUUAUUUUUUAAUACAUCACGGAAUGUAGAACAGGAUUAAACUGACUGGCUCGGUCAUUAAACUGGUCGUUUUAUUUUUACCUAUGCCUACCAACGGUUUCGCAUUUUUUUUCAGUAUCUUAACGUUUAUCAAGUAGCUUAGCAAAAACAUAGUACA